GUUCGACCUUCCCCCCCCCCCCCCUUUUGGCUGCCCCGCUCCCCUCUGCCCCCGGGACCGCACGAGCAGCCUCCCCGCAGGAGUCCCGCCCAUCCAAAUGCACCGCAUCCCGGCUCAGUGGCAGUUACAGAAUCCCGGAGGCAGCACCUGGAGCCUGCUGGAUCCUACUUUUCUCUUCCUCUCUCCAGGCCCCGAAACGAUGCUGCGUCGCAAAGAACAGAGCCAAGAGCCAUCGCGGAGGGGGCUCGGCCGGCGCGUCCCGCCCGGGGCCAUGGCUGACGAGGACGGUGCCCGCAGCGGCGGCGGCCGCGGGGAUUGCAGCGCGCACUGCAACGUGCUGAGCUGGGAGCAAGUGCAGCGCUUGGACCGCGUCCUCGGCGACACCAUCCCCAUCCACGGCCGCGGCAACUUCCCCACGCUGGAGGUGCAGCCGCGCCAGAUCGUGAAGGUGGUGCGGAGCCGCCUGGAGGAGAAGGGCAUCGCACUCCGGGACGUGCGCCUCAACGGCUCGGCCGCCAGCCACAUCCUGCACCAGGACAGCGGCCUGGGCUACAAGGACUUGGACCUCAUCUUCUGCGCCGACCUCAAGGGGGAAGCCGAAUUUCAGACUGUGAAGGACGUGGUCUUGGACUGUCUUUUGGAUUUCUUACCCGAGGGAGUGAACAAGGAGAAGAUCACCCCGCUCACCCUGAAGGAAGCUUAUGUGCAGAAAAUGGUAAAAGUAUGCAAUGAUUCAGACCGGUGGAGUCUCAUCUCCCUGUCCAACAACAGUGGCAAAAAUGUGGAGCUGAAAUUUGUGGACUCCCUGAGGAGGCAGUUUGAGUUCAGUGUAGACUCCUUUCAGAUCAAGCUAGACUCCCUUCUGCUUUUCUAUGAAUGCUCAGAGAAUCCAAUGACUGAAACUUUUCACCCAACUAUCAUUGGUGAGAGUGUCUAUGGGGAUUUCCAAGAAGCCUUUGAUCACCUCUGCAACAAGAUAAUUGCCACCAGAAACCCAGAAGAAAUCCGAGGAGGUGGCCUUCUUAAGUACUGCAACCUGUUGGUAAGGGGCUUCAGGGCUGCCUCAGAAUCUGAGAUCAAGUCCCUUCAGAGAUAUAUGUGUUCAAGGUUUUUCAUUGACUUCUCGGACAUUGGAGAACAGCAAAGAAAGUUGGAGUCUUACUUGCAGAACCACUUUGUGGGAUUAGAAGACCGCAAGUAUGACUAUCUCAUGACCCUUCAUGGUGUGGUGAAUGAGAGCACGGUGUGCCUGAUGGGACAUGAGAGAAGACAGACUCUAAAUCUUAUCACUAUGCUGGCCAUUCGGGUCUUAGCUGAACAAAAUAUCAUCCCCAAUGUGGCCAAUGUCACCUGCUAUUACCAGCCAGCCCCAUAUGUAGCAGAUGCCAAUUUUAGCAAUUACUAUAUUGCCCAGGUUCAGCCAGUGUUCACAUGCCAGCAGCACACAUAUUCUACUUGGUUGCCAUGUAAUUAAGGACCAUUUGAAUAUACCUGGUGGGGAGAACAUUUUUUUUUAACUAAUAGAGAGGGGUGACACACUCCUUACAAUGAGGUGAUUUGUGCAAUGAUGAUCUGUUCUAGGUUUCAAGCUUAGUAAAGCUUGUGGUUCUUCUAAUAAAAAUAACAGGAGCAUGAUCUAGAAAAGAACCAAAAAUAAUUGGAUUCUACCCCAGAGCACAAGAGGCCUGUCACUAAAAGCAAAUGGCUUCCCCUGAAAUAAACAUGGGAGGAAUGCAUGAUGGCAAUAUGGGUUGGCGAUACCUUCUCCCAUAGCUUUGGCAUAGAGAAGGUUGGGAAGUCUUUUUAAAUUUUAUUUUACUGUUUCAAAGAAUGGGAUCUGCAAAAAGGGAGACUGUGGGAAGAAAACAAAACAGCAAAACCACAACAUUUAUAUAUAUUUUCAGGAAUUAAAAGUAGAGGCAUAAUGCAGAGAAGCUGAAAUAAAAUGUAUAUUGGAAUUACUGCAUUUGGGGCUUGCAGCAAGUGCUGUCUCUGGAAUGAUCGUGUAGGAUGUAUAGCUUGCUUGAAUAGAAUGCUUUAACAGAAACAGCUUGCUCCAAAUGAACAGUAGGAGAUUGGUACAGUUAUAAAAACAGGGAGGGAGGAGGGAAAGUAUGAUGACAAAGUCCAUUUAUUUCCAGCUGUGUGCAUGCUUCCCUUUUUUUAAAUGUGAACCUGUAAGAAAAGCAGCUGUAGCAAACAAAAUAUGCUCAAGGACCAAAGAUUUCACAAAUAAUUAUCCAAGCAAAGAAAAUACAGUAGAAAUAUAUAUAUAUAUAUUAAAAAGAUGUUACUAUAUUUGUACACACCAAUAGCAAUCAAAAGUGCCUGAUGCCUUCAGAAAAUUUAAAGUGAGAAAAAUAUAGUUUUGUGGUUUAACCAUACAUUUUGUUUUAUCAGGGACACGAGAAUUAAAAAAAAAAAAAAAAACAACAAAACAAACAGAAAAACAUAAGCUUGUGAAUAAGUGGUGGAGGAAAUGCCCUAUUUUUUUUCUUGGCAAAUACUUGUAUAAAGUUAAUGUUCUUGUCAGUGUGAUGUUAUAGGUACGUACGUGUGUGUGUGUGUGUGUGUGUGUGUGUGUUUGUAUGUGUAUAUAUGUACAUGUUAUGUGUAUAUACACACACGAGCUAUAUUAAAUAUGGUCUAGGAAAAUGUAGCAAUUAAGGAAUGUUUAAAUAAAGUACAAUGUGUUUUCCAGGUUGCAACAGGAUGUCAUAGGACAGUGGGCACCUUGCAGUGAAUUUAUAACCCACACCUGAAAAUUUGAAGUAAAUGAACCAGUCAGGAUUAGGUGGGAUUCAAAUAAUGUCUUUGGUUGCAAGAACAAAGAUUACAGUAAUUCAGUGGGUUGCUUGUGAGCCAUAACAAUUUCACAAAUGGAUAAAUGUUUGACUAGCUGAUCCUGUUUUAACUUUUUUUUUUUUUUGUAUUGUAAUGCCAUUUUGACAUCUAACCCACUAAUGUUGUGACUGCAUACCUCCGUGGUGUAUAAUUCAGUGGAACGUGGAUCAAAGAUAGGCUAUUUAAAUCCCCUGACAGCUAAAGAAUAUUGUAUUAGUUGGUGAUUUGAACACUAUUUGUUAAUAUUUAAAGGAAUAUUUUAAUAGAAUGCAUUAUGCAUUCCAGGACCACUAGAAUUUUAAUAAAUGUGAAAUGAACCCCUUUUUAAGUGUUGCACGAUUGCUUAAAAUUAUAUUUUAUAUAAAUAUAUAUAUAUAUAUUUUUAUUCAAAUAUUAAACAUCUUUGAUCUGGUUGUCACACUGCAUUUACAAUUUUAGUACUGUACUUUAUUUAAAUGGAAUCACUUUACGUUGGAACAAUAUCUCUUCACUCUUAACUUCCUCUCCCAAGAGACCAGUAGGGGGGGAAAUCAACCUUUACUGUUGUUUUUCACUUUGGUGACAUUUCUGGGCAGUUUUUUUUUUUUUUUUUAAUUCUUUUUCUUCCAGCCAUUGGUCUUUGAAAACCUAAUGACUAAACAAAAUCUAAUUUUACACUUUGUAAUAUUUUGCUGUUAUGGUAGAAAAGGGAAUCUUGGACUAUAAAAAGGAAACUCAAUAUUACCUGUACCAUUGUAGACCUUAAAUUAUGUUGUGGGGGAAUUGGGAAGAGUGAGUGGAAAGAGGAGAGUGAAGGAACUGGUAUUCUGGCAGUGCAUUCUCCCAUUUUCCAUUCAGAGCUGCUCAGACUCCUGUUUGUACCACACUUGGUACCUUUAUCUCUGAAGGCAAUUUAACAGGAACCUGAUUUGUUUACUGAAGCACCUUCCCGGUGAAUUCGUCAGGAAAUGUAAAAGCUCUUUCACUGCUACUCAUUUGGUUUACUUGUAGUCCUUGUCAACACCUCCUUUCCCUUGCUCCCUUCCUUCCCCCUCCCUUGCACAUUGGCUUCCUCCUGCCUGUGGUCAGUACAAGGCCUUUCUUGAUUUAAUUAUUUAAAAAUAAAAGGUUUCUUUCCCAUGGCCCCUUCCUUCAAGCUGUAGAUCAAGAUUGAAAUGUACUUGUCAAAAGCAGAGCAUUGCCUGUAGCUGUUCAGAGGCCUUUCUAACGGAAGCAAAGGGAGGGCUGGGGAAAUAGGAUCAGCUGGUAAUGUGGUAUGUCCUCGCUUGCCACAACUAUGUGCAGCAAAUAAAUGAGUCAUCCGCCUUUAAAAGGGUUUGGGAAUCUGUAGCUGUGCCACAACCACAAAAUGCUGAUAAUAUAUAUGACACAAUGUAUUUUCUUCCUUUUGAGGAGCUUUUUUUCCAUUUGCUUUUUAAAAGUUUGAUUUAUUUCUUCUCUUUGCUUCAAUUUUACUAUGUUUUAUGACUGACAGCAACCAGUUAUCUUAUAGUGCAUACAGCAGGACUCUGAGCUAAAGUGCAUCUUUCAGCAUUCGCAUUUUGAUACAUAUAUAAUAUGUUUUUAUAUAUAUUAUAUAGGUAUUAUGGACCUAUUUUGCAUAUGUAAAUGAACAAGUGGUGGAACGGGCAGGGGUUUGUUUUAUAGUAAGUAGUUAAAAAGGUGUCUGUUAAUGGUGGGAAGGAGCCAUGAGUUCAGACCAAGAGGGAAAUAAGAACAUCUUUUCAAGGCUGGUUUGCUUCUGUGGUUUGCACACCUUCCCCUUUUUAUAAAGCUGGUUUGUCUUUGUUUUUUGUUUUUCUUCUUCUUUGCUUUCUUUACCUUCUCUUCAGCACGCUAAUGCUUUUACAGCAAGAAAGCACUUUGUACUUUGUAGGUUUUACUUUCCCAACCGGUCUGAGGGACUGAAGAUUAGAACUUGUUAAGGAGACAGUCUUCCCUUUUUAAAAUGCUGACUGAUUUAAAACGUUGACCCAACUACAGUAAAGCUGUUCAUUUGAUGGCUGAAUUUAUUGCUGUGUGUUUAACAUAAAAAGAAUGACACAACUGAGAGCUCAACAUUAGAUUAUUUUCUUAUGUAUAUAUCCUCCCAAAUACAAGAACUUUCUCUUGAAAAUGUAAGGGGGGAGGGAGUACAUCACCAUGAAGUUCAGAAUUUUCUAAUUCCUCUUAUAUUUAUUUUAUCUUCUUUUUUUUUUUUUUUUUUUUUAAGCAAAAAAAAAAAAAUCCUCUUCUUUUCCUUUCUGUUGCACAAGAACUUUCAUGUAAUUCUUACAAAGCUUUGUAGGAGAGGUGUUUAUGUGAAUUGUACAAUGUUGAAGGCUCAUACCAGUUCAAAAGAUGCGCUUUUUUAUUGUUGUUGAGAAAAUGAAGUGUUGUUAGAUGAAGCUGCACAGAAAAGAAAAGGAAAAAAUGUAAUUACAUAUUCAGCUCCUAUUAUACUCUUCUGUAUGGGUUUGUUUUUUGGUUUGUUUUUUGUUAAGCAGACAAUUUCCACUGCAAGAAAGAAAAUCUGCAUACUGUUUCGCUGUUGUAAUAAUGGUUUGUUAACUAAGUAAAUAGUCAAAAGGCCUGCAAAUUUUCAAGACAGCUUGGCUAAAGCACUGCAAGCUCUUGCAGUCUGUAGGAGGCUGUGCAGAUUUGCUCUCCCUUGGAAUUUCAUACAACUGUUGCCUUCUGCAAGGCAUCCUGUUGCAGCAAACUGCUCCUUGGAUUGCUGUUUUGGAACACUUUGACUACAGGCUCUGUCACACACACACACACACACACACACACACACAAAAGAGCUGAUGGAAAACAGACUCUUCAAGCUAAUGUGUUUGCAUCACUGCUAGAGGGAACAGGUUGUGAAUUUUGUUUACUGCAUCCAAUAUUUGGAUUUUUUUUUUUUUUUUUUGUAAAUAAAAAGAAGUUAUUUUUUUCUAUUGA